AUGCAGUUCUCUCUCGCCACCAUCGUUCUCGGCUUCGUUGCCGUUGCCUCCGCCGGCAUCGUCGAUGUCGAAGGCGUCCGCAACGCUCCCCGCGAUGCAGUCCACGUUCGUCGCCAGAACCAGAACCGUCCUGUUCCUCAAGGCGAAUGCUGUGUUGCCAACACCAGCUUGAAGCAGGAUGCCUGCACCGCCUCCAACGGUCAAGCUGGCCGCUGCGUUCCCGGUGGAAACGCCUGUGAUAGCCGACUUAGCUGCGUCGCGCAGUCCAACCUCGAGUGCGACAACAAUGUCCAGGAGCGUGGAAACACUCUCUGCCGUGCUCGGGCCGCUAACGGUCUUUUCGACGGUGGCCGAAUUAUCCAGAACCUUGGUGAGGCUUCGGUCAACUAA